AAGAAGAAACAACAGCAAGGCUUGAAUAAACAGUUGUCUUUGCAAUUUCGAUAUUCAUUAAACAACAUUAACCGUAGGAUAAAAAAUUGGAUUGAAUCAGAUGGCAGAAAUGAGGCAAAUAGCAAUAUCAGUGAUACAGUGUCUGCAUCAAAUGACGAAUUUUUAAAGCUUCCGAUAAUCACAAAUGGUUUUGGAUUGUCCUUUGCUAGUAGUGGCAAUAAAGAAGAAGACAAAACGCGCCAACAAAAAGAGCAUAUCAAAACAGUUGAGCAGUUUUUGAAAACGGAUCAAAAAUUAAACAAAAUUACCAUGAGUCAAAAUAGAAGCCAAAAUAAUAAACAGCCCAGCUUUAGAAUUAAUAAAGAGGACUCAAAGGCGAUGGUGUCGUUAAAAAAUAAGAUGCGGAAGGAGAAAAUGAGGAAAGUUCGAAACACACCAACAAGACAGGAGGUGCUGGACGAUAAUGAUGGAAGCGACAGUGAGUUGCGCUGGAAAAAAACCAUCCAAAUCAAACGGGGCUCAGGGUUGUUAUUGGAUGCAAGCAAAAAAAGCAAACAG